AUGCAUUGGACCGAGAUGAAGAAAGAUGAGCUGGAGCUGCAGUUUUCCCCCAGCUGCUGGUCCCACAGGAUGGCCGCCAACGAGGUGAUCGAAGCCCACGUGAAGGCUUUGAAAGAAGGGACUGACAAAGCUCGAGCUCUGGCUCAAACUCUUCUGAAUGUGCCGUACGGGGAAGGAGACGGAGAAAGACUGGACGUGUACAUUCCCAAUUCUAACUCUCUUGAUCUGCCUUUGGUCAUUUACAUACAUGGUGGUUACUGGCAGUUUCUCAGCAAAGAGGAGUCUGGGUUUAUGGCUGUUCCACUUGUCAGUAAGGGGGUGGUGGUUGUGGCAGUAGAUUAUGAUACCGCGCCCAAAGGUAACAUGGACCUUAUCGUUUCACAAGUGCGCAAGAGUGUGGUGUCUGUUGUCCAGCAAUACUCCCAUAUCAACGGUCUUUUCAUCUGUGGGCACUCUGCCGGGGCUCAUUUGGCUGCAAUGGUCCUGUCCACUGACUGGUCUCAGUAUAGUAUUGCUCCACAAAUAAAAGGCGCGUUCCUCGUUAGUGGAAUCUAUGACCUUCUACCCAUUGUGUCCACUUACGUCAACGAGCCGCUGAAAAUGACAGAUGAGGUGGCAGUGAGAAACAGCCCCACGACUCUGGUCCAGCAGCUGAAGACCUCCUCCUCAGCCUGUCACAUCGUUGUAGCUGUGGCUGAACACGACUCCCCAGAGUUUCGCAAACAAUCGGAGGAAUACUAUAGAAUGUUGGAGGCUUCAGGUCUCAAUGUGACGCUGGAGGAUGUUCCAAACACAGACCACUUCAACAUCAUCGAGCGCCUGGUAGAGGGGGAGUACCACUUGACCAAGCUUUUACUGAAGAUGAUGGGAAAGAGCUGA